ACUUCUCCCGCCAUUGUUGCCUCUGCAACCUCAACAUGUUAAUGGCGUCUCCUCUUUGUCCUUCUUUUUCUUCUCUAUCUUCUCCUUUUACUUAUCACCACCACCACCAGGUGUUUUAUUGCCGUAUGAGAAAAACAUCUCUUCUCCGGAGAUGGAAUUUUGGAAUGCCUGUGAUGAGGAGGCUCAAGCCGUUUUCUUUGACCGGUUUUGUGGAUUCUAGAACAAGGAGAACUUUGAUCUGUGCAGUCAAUCAAGAUGCUGAGGAAGCAUUUAAAAAGACAGUAGAAGUGGACAAGCUGAUAGAUAAGCUGAGAGAUGCAAAUCCAAAUGAACUUCAGAAACUGGUUGUUGAAAAUGUCUUGGCAUUUAAUGAGGGCUUUUGGAUAAGGCUAGCAGCAAGGACCGAUACUUGCAAAUCUGAGGAUGAUAAAAAAGACUAUGAAGAAUUAGCUGUAUCUGUAAUGAGCAUAGUGGACCGUCUCGUCCAUAAGACCAAUGAAAAGAUAGAAUCAUCCACUGAUGUCCUCAAGGAUAUUCUAAAACCUGUAGUUGAUGAAGUUGAAGAAAUUUCAUGGCCUCCUAGAGAUCCUGAUGCACUUAAUCAAAUGGAGAAAGAAAUAAUUCAAAGAGAGAAAGAAGGGCAAUUAGAUGAAGGGUUUCUUGCCGAAGUUAAUGCACAACUACGCCAAGCCAAAGAAGAUGGGGACAAACCAGGGCUUGAGGCUAUGCUGCAAAAGGUUUUGCAACUCUAUGCUUCCAUAGUUCUUUCAAAACGUAGUUAUGCGAAGAAAGGUGAUGAAGUCUUGAAGGCUGAGCAGUUUCUUGAGACCAUAAUCAAAGCCCCCGAGGAACAAUGGAACAAGCUUCUGAUCGAUGGAAUCACACUUGGUAAAGGAGAAGUUUCACCUGAGGAAUUAUAUGCAGUCAUCAAGAAAAGAAUUGAGCGAACUCUGAUCAGAACUGAGGGUGGUUCUUACAAGCAACGCAUUCUUACCGAGUAUCUUAAAGGCAUCCAAUCAAGAGCAGAGGAGCUUGUCCAGCUACUUCAGGGCAAUCCGCAAUAGGAACCUUCUAAGCAGAAAUGUAUGAUCCUUUCAGGCAUUCGAAAUACAAGAAUAUGCUUCUCUUUUUAUUUAUUUUCAAAAUGUAGAAAGAGCAGCUUGGAGGUCUGAGGAAGUUUAUAUGCAAAGUACCAAAAUUAGCAAAUAAUAUAAUAUAUGUUAAUGAGGGACUUUUGUUAUGGCACCUGAUAAUUUUUUUUUAU